CUCUUGUACGCACGUCCUCCUGCCUCCAUGUGAGUAGUGCUCGUUUGCUAGAUAGCUACAAGCUGAAGAAAUAUCAUGCUUCGUCGGGAGGUGAGACUGAGGCGAGAGUACCUGUACAGGAAGGCCCAGGAGAACCGGCUCCGAACAAUCGAGGAGAAGAAGGAGAAGCUGAAGGGCGCGCUUGAAGAAAAUCGUCUCCUUCCAACCGAGGUGCGCAAAGAUGCUCUGCAGCUGCAGACGCUCCUGGAGUACGACGACGAAGGGGGCGAAGGUGUCAGCUCCCACAUGGAUGAUGAGUACAAGUGGGCCGGAGUUGAAGACCCAAAGUUAAUGGUCACCACAUCCAGAGACCCCAGCUCCAGACUCAAGAUGUUUUCCAAGGAGGUAAAGCUGAUGUUCCCUGGAGCCCAGCGCAUGAACAGAGGCAACCACGAGAUCAACUCGCUGGUGAAGGCCUGCAAAGCCAACAACGUCACAGACCUCGUGAUCCUGCAUGAAACCCGAGGAAAGCCAGAUGCCAUGGUGGUGUGCCACUUGCCGUUUGGACCCACAGCUUACUUCACGCUGUACAACGUGGUGAUGAGGCACGACGUUCCCGACAUAGGCACCAUGUCGGAGGCCUACCCCCACCUCGUCUUCCACAACUUCUCCUCGCGGCUCGGCACCAGGGUUUCAAACAUCCUCAAGUAUCUAUUUCCGGUGCCGAAGGAGGACAGUAGGCGCGUCAUCACAUUCGCCAACCAGGAGGACUUCAUCUCUUUCAGGCAUCACACCUACAAGAAGACGGACCACAGGAACGUCAAGCUGACAGAAGUGGGACCCAGGUUUGAGAUGAAAUUGUAUAUGAUCAAACUCGGCACCCUGGAGAACGAGGCCACCGCGGAUGUGGAGUGGCGUCACCACGCGUUCACGAACACAGCCAAGAAGAGGAGGUUCCUCAGUGUGCAAUAGGAACUAUUGACAAAUAAAUUAAACUGUUGCUGGUUUUAUAAAUAUCAUCAUAUGUUGAGUUUAUGAAAGAACAUUAGUUUUUGUUAGUUGCAGACCAAAUAUGAUAGAAGUAUAAUGUGGUCAAAUAAAGGGUUUACCAUCAUCAAAAUACAUCAAAUCCAUCAUGUGUGCCAGUAGUUUAACUAAAUUAAUCCUUUUUUGUAUAAACCCAUUGAUUAACAAAAGAUCUAUUGCAUACUGUUCUGACUGUAUUAUAACUGUUUUGCUAUUUUGUAAUAAAAUGUGUAUCUGGU